AUGCACGAGUCCGAUACCCACGAUGCCGGCUCCAAAUCAGGCCUUCCGAGCACCGCAGACACGGCUGAGCUUCCCAAAGGUGCUCUCAGCAGGGCACCUGGUGUAGCACCCAAAUCGCCACCAAUUGCUCCGGCUUUUACCGCUGAACCCGAUGUUGCCACGACCUCCGGCAUCGCCGGCCCAUCCCCUUCAGCUGAAGAUGACAAACUUCUGGGCAGAACUCUUGCCGGCGUGGACACCUCGGAUCUCAACCUCACAGCUCUAGCUUUACCUCGCACGGACACAGACGAUGCGUGGCUCAUAACGCAACUCGAGAAAUACCCCGUCACCGAGCCCCCACCGUUCACACUCUCGCAACAUGAUCUCGAACGCGACAAGACGUAUGCGCAACGGGCUGCUGCAGCUCGCGGCGAGACGCGCCACCACAGCCAUCACGACGACUUCGAACGUGAUGAGGAGGACGAUGCGGAUGUCAACGGGUUCUUCUCCAGCGGUGCGGGCAGACGGGUCGUGAAGAAAAGGAAAAAGCGCAAGAGAGGAACGUCUCCUCCAGCUGGACCCAAUAUGAAUGCUGACUACGAUCCACGCAUCCCGAAUGACUAUCUGGCGUACAAGCAAUUGGUGUACGAUCGAAGGCGUGCCGAGCUGGACUACAGGCAAUGGCAACAAGAGCAACACGCGCGAGUUUUCGACGAUGAGGGAGAAGAUGCUUGGAGGGAGGACGAGCAAGAUUGGCAAGACGAUACCAUGGAGGGACAAAAGUCAGGGUCCGGUGAUGCGGAACUCAAGCUGACAGAGAGCGAGCACACUGCGCCACAGACUUCGCCCAUCCAGAUCUCGCCCGGUAAAGAUGCACACGAGCGUCGCGCAAACUUGUCUUCUUCCACCGGCGCUGUCCCCUCGACAAACACUAACGCCCCACCAUCAAGUGGAGAGGAAGCAUAUCAACGAAGAGCCGCGAUGACCCCCGCAAGCACAGGCGAAGAAGCCUACCUUCGGCGACUCGCCAUGUCACAAGCUUCACCAUCCAAAAUUUCACCCCCGGGGCCUCCACCUGGACCGCCUCCGGGACCUCCGCCCGUCCGACCUCCGCCAACCCACGACUCGGAUCCGCUCUCAUCGCGUCAAUCUGCAGCAGCAGCCAUCGCCGCCCGACUCAACUCCCUCAACCCGCUUCCUCCCAGCUCUUCCUCCUCGCCACCCACAACCUCAGAUCCUGCCACCUUCGCCAGUCGUCUCAUGACAUCCUACGGCUACACCCCUCGUAGCGGUCUUGGACCCUCCGCAUCCGGUAUCAUCUCACCCCUCACUGUCACGCGUACCACUUCCAACCGUGGCUCGAUCCACAACCCUUCCCCCUCCUCUUCCUCCUCCAGCACUGCUUCCUCACCAGUCAUCGUACUGCUCAACAUGGCCACUCCCACCGACCUUGAUGGAAAAGCAUACACGGAGCUCAUCGAAGACGUCACGGAAGAAUGCGAGAAAUUCGGCUUCGUAAUUAAAGUCCUACCGUGGAUGGACGAGGACGGAAAAGAGGUAAGGGUGUUUGUACAGUUCACAGGUCACGCUGCUAGUUGGAAGGCCGUCAAAGGGUUGAACGGUAGGUGGUUCGAGGGUAAACAGGUGGUUGCCACGUACUAUGAUGCGGAUGCCUUCGAGAGGAAGAGGUUCGAUUUGAAGUUGCAUGUUGGGUAG